CCCCCGCCGCGGCCACAGCAGCACCCGGCCGCGCCGGGCCCUGACGCGGCUCCCCCCUACUCGUACAGCCCGACCAAAGGCUCCGCUUCGGCUCCAAAAUUCAAGCUUCCCUGCCAGGUGACGCCGUGCCGGGAGAGCGGCCCCAGCCAGGCGGAGCGACGGCUGGAAGCGCUGACGCUGGAGCUGGAGAAGGAGCUGGAGAUGCACAUGAAGAAGGAAUAUUUCGGUAUCUGUAUAAAAUGUGGAAAAGGGGUGUAUGGAGCGAGCCAGGCUUGCCAAGCAAUGGGCAACCUCUACCAUACCAACUGCUUCACGUGCUGCUCUUGUGGGAGAAGACUACGAGGAAAAGCAUUCUACAAUGUCAAUGGUAAAGUGUACUGUGAAGAAGACUUCCUAUAUUCAGGUUUUCAGCAAACAGCUGACAAGUGCUUUGUUUGUGGACACCUCAUAAUGGAAAUGAUAUUACAGGCCCUUGGAAAGUCGUACCAUCCUGGCUGCUUCCGCUGCGUGGUAUGUAACGAAUGUUUGGAUGGAGUCCCCUUCACGGUAGAUGUGGAGAACAAUAUUUACUGUGUCAAAGACUAUCACACGGUUUUUGCACCAAAAUGUGCUUCCUGUAACCAGCCGAUUCUACCAGCACAGGGCUCUGAGGAGACCAUCCGAGUGGUCUCGAUGGACAAAGACUACCACGUGGAGUGCUACCACUGCGAGGAUUGUGGUUUGCAGCUCAAUGAUGAAGAAGGUCAUCGUUGUUACCCAUUAGAGGGCCACUUGCUCUGCCACAGCUGUCACAUUAGGCGCCUUAAUAUUAAAUUGCCAUCACAUCCACCUCCGAGCUACCCAAUGCAUGUCACAGAACUCUGAAGGACACUUUCCAUUACCACACGCCCUAUAAAAGAGAAGACAGAGAAAUCUUAAAAAUGACUUUCACAUUCCCUUAAAGAUGAGAUUCCUGUAAUAACCAUCUAUACCAGCUAUUUAUUUUUUAAAUCAAAGGUGAGGGGUCCUAUCUGAUCUUGUACAUAUGCAUUCUUUUAUCUAGACAUUUUCACCAAGACACUGUCUACUUGAACAAAUAAUAUAUCACUAAACUGUAAUUGUAAAUGGCAGCAUUUCUAAAAACCCUGGUACAAAGGGCUGUUCUGCACUCCCUUCACGUCCCUUCAAUGGAGGUUUUGCCCAGGUAAGCAGUGUAGAAUUAUUACCCAAAAGUUAGCACCUUAUCAUAUCGCAGCAAGUCCGAUAAGAUAAAUGCUAGCAUUUUAGCUAGUUUCACUGCGUUCCGGUCUUAAAGAAUA